GCGGCCUCCGACAGGGGGCGGUGCUGUCUCUGCGCGCUCAGCAGCUGCGGGAAAACCACACAAGAAGAAGAAGAAAACACUAGUUGGAGGUUAUGGCGUCACGCGGGUCUCCACGGCUCCUGGACAGACUUCUGUUUACCGUCAAGAACCCCACAUGCCGGUCCAGAUGCUGUGCGGUGAGGAGCCGGGCUCGGUACUCCUCCAGCUGCAGACCCCAGGAGGAGGAGGAGACCUUCCAGAAGCUUCUCAUCGCCAACAGAGGAGAGAUCGCCUGCAGGGUGAUCAGGACCUGUAAGAAGAUGGGCAUCCAGACGGUAGCUGUCCACAGUGACGUGGACUCCAACGCUGUGCACGUGAAGAUGGCUGAUGAGGCGGUCUGCGUCGGCCCCGCCCCCACCAGUCAGAGCUACCUGAACAUGGAUGCCAUCCUGAAUGCUGUCAGAACGACUGGAGCUCAGGCUGUUCAUCCAGGUUACGGCUUCCUCUCUGAAAACAAGGAGUUUGCAAAGCGGCUGGCUAAUGAGGGCGUGACCUUCAUUGGCCCAGACACCCAUGCAAUCCAGGCCAUGGGGGAUAAAAUCGAGAGCAAGCUGAUCGCCAAGGCCGCUAAGGUCAACACCAUCCCCGGGUUUGAUGGAGUUGUCAAGACUGCAGAAGACGCUGUGGAGAUCGCCCAGCAGAUCGGUUACCCGGUGAUGAUCAAAGCCUCUGCGGGGGGAGGAGGUAAAGGCAUGAGGAUAGCCUGGAAUGACGAGGAGACCAGGGAAGGUUUCCGCUUCUCGUCACAGGAGGCAGCGUCCAGCUUUGGAGACGACCGGCUGCUGAUUGAGAAGUACAUCGACAGGCCUCGCCACAUCGAGAUCCAGGUUCUGGCUGACAAACAUGGGAACGCCCUGUGGCUUAAUGAGAGGGAGUGCUCCAUCCAGAGGAGGAACCAAAAGGUGGUGGAAGAGGCUCCCAGCACGUUCCUGGACCCGACCACGCGGCGGGCCAUGGGCGAGCAGGCUGUGCAGCUGGCCAAAGCUGUGCAGUACUCCUCUGCUGGAACCGUGGAGUUCCUGGUGGAUUCCCAGAAAAACUUCUAUUUUCUGGAGAUGAACACGCGACUGCAGGUGGAGCACCCCAUCACUGAGUGUAUCACCGGCCUGGACCUGGUGGAGCAGAUGAUCCGGGUGGCUAAAGGUUAUCGGCUGCAGCACAGACAGGAGGACAUCCCCUUAAACGGCUGGGCCAUCGAGAGCCGCGUCUACGCCGAGGACCCGUACAAGUCCUUUGGUCUCCCGUCGAUCGGACGCCUGUCACAGUACCAGGAGCCGCUGGACCUCAGUAACGUCCGUGUGGACAGCGGCAUCGAGGAAGGAAGUGACAUCAGCAUCUACUACGACCCCAUGAUUUCAAAGCUGGUGACCUUUGGAGCUACACGAGCUGAGGCUCUGGCCCGGAUGGAGGAGUCCCUGGACAGAUACGUGAUCCGAGGAGUGACCCACAACAUUCCUCUGCUGCGGGAAAUCAUUACCCAUCCUUUGUUCAUCUCCGGUGACAUCAGCACCAACUUCCUGCCAGACGUUUACCCAGAGGGCUUCAAGGGUCACCAGUUGGAGGCGGAGCAGCGCCAGGAGCUCCUGGCGACGGCUGCAGCACUCCAUGUUGCUGCUCAGCUGCGUUCGCAAAGCAUCCUGGGUAACCUAAGGGUCUCCUCGUCUGUGGCAGGACACAGCAGCUGGGAGCUGUCUUUGGAGCUGGGGGAGGGACACUAUGAUGCCCACAUCACCAAGUCAGGGAGCGUGUACACUGUGGAGGUGGACGGAGGAAGAGUAGAAGUCAGUGGAGCGUGGAACUUGGCCUCCCCGCUGCUGCCGCUCACCAUCAACGGCGCCCAGAAGAUGCUCCAGUGCCUGUCCCGAGAGGCUUCAGGAACGAUAGUGCUGCAGUUCAUGGGAACCCUGUUUAAGGUUCGAGUUUUAUCCAAGUUGGCCUCUAAGCUAAACUCCUUCAUGCCAGAGAAGCUUCCAGAAGACACCAGCAGCAUCCUGCGCUCUCCCAUGCCGGGCACGGUGGUGGCGGUGUCUGUGCACCCUGGAGACACGGUUGCAGAAGGUCAGGAGAUUUGUGUGAUUGAGGCCAUGAAGAUGCAGAACAGCCUAACUGCAGUCAAACAAGCAAAGGUGAAGAGCGUCCACUGUAAAGCUGGGGAGACGGUGGGGGAGGGAGACCUGCUGGUGGAGCUGGAAUGAUGCUGCUGGGACCACAGAGCAUCGGCAGUGCUGCACCCUCUGCCACCAUUAGAGGCCUUUAUGAAUUCUGUUUUUGCUCAGCUUGUAGUUUUAUGAAACACUCGGGUCUGGGUUGUUCUGGUUCUGUUGUCGGGUGUAGGAGCUGCUCCGUCUGGUUUGCUGGAUCAUCGUGGCAGCUCAGAAGAACUUGUGUAGGACCAUCAGAACCGUCCUGGAAGAACUUCUUCUGUAUCAAGUGUAAGAUUAUCCCAGUUUUGAUGUCCCCAAAAAUAAACUGGCUCCGCCCCCAUCACUGUGACCGUUUCAUCAGAGGAGAGAGUGUUUGAACUCAUGAAGACUCCUGUUUUCAAAACAUGAGGUGGAGCAGCCCAAGCAUGUCCAGAGGAGGCUCCACCAUCAGCCUUCCACCUCUGUGCCUCACACUAGACAUGCUUGUUCAGUGGUUUGUCCACUUCUGGUUCUGAUCCAUCUUCUGGUUCUGAUCCAUCUUCUGUUUCAUCAAGCAGGAAAACGAUGUUCAGGAUGGAACGAUGUUCUUGAUGAUGACAGCUGAGGACUCACUGAGACCGUCAUCACUCACUUUAUGAUUUUAUUAGGAAGUAAACAAAUUAAAGUGAAAAAAAACAGACAGAGCUACUCCUCACAUGUCCAGAACCCUCUGUCCAGGAAGGUCGGUCCAUUCUUUCAUGGACAGGAGUGGUGAGAGUCUGACCAGGAAAGGUAAAGCUCCAAUAAAUGGAUGUCAAAACUGUUA